UAGGGGCCAGUCAGGUUAGUUUGUUUGGUUUGUCCUUUUGGAAUUUGGUUUGUAACCUGUACUCUCCUCAAAAUCAGUGAAAUUUGUUCUCCCUUGCCCGUGGAUUAGCUAGCACACAUUGUGUUAGUGAACCACGUUAAAUUUGUGUUCGUUCGUGUUGGUUUGGAUUAUUGAUUGCACGCUUCUGUUCUGACAAGUGGUAUCAGAGCCUAUGGUUGCGGUUUUGGGAAUUUGGCGCUGGACUGAAGUUUUGCUUUGUGGAGUUUGGUUGGAGUUUGUUUGAUAGUAAGAAUGGCUGCUAUCAGUAUGAAGAUUGAGAAGUUUACCGGAAGAAACAGUUUCAGUUUGUGGCAGAUCAAGAUGCAAGCACUGUUGAAACAACAAGGUUUGUGGGCUCCGUUGUCUGAAAAAUCGAAGAAGGAAAGUAUAGAUGAAGAAGAGUGGAUUACUUUGGAGGAGAAAGCUCACUCUACAAUCUUGCUUUGUUUGGCUGAUGACAUCAUCACUGAGGUUGCUGCUGAGAAGACUGCUGCGGGUUUGUGGUUGAAGCUUGAAAGUCUAUACAUGACAAAGUCUUUAACCAACAAGUUGCAUAUGAAGCAACGUUUGUUCAGUUUGCGUAUGGAGGAAGGUACGUCUCUCAGGAAUCAUCUAGAUCAACUCAAUACUAUCUUGCUAGAUCUGCGGAAUAUUGAUGUUAAAAUAGAUGAUGAGGAUGCUGCCUUAAUUCUGUUAGUAUCUUUGCCACAGUCAUAUGAGAAUUUUGUGGAUUCUUUUAUUGCUGGGAAAGAUAGUUUGUCUUUGGAAGAUGUCAGAUCUGCUCUACAUACUAGAGAGGUUCGACAUAAGGCGUCCGGUUCAGGUUUGGAAAAUCAGGCAUCUGGGUUGGCUGCUACGAGUAGUAGGAGACAACAAUCUAGUAAUAGGAAGAUGAAUACAAAUUCGAAUUCUGCUGGUUUGAAGGAUGAUAUAUGUCAUUACUGUAAGGAGAAAGGACAUUGGAAAUUUGAUUGUCCUAAACUGAAGAAAUAUCAGGAGAAGAAGGAAUCAUCUGCUGCUGUGGCGGAAGAAACUAACUCUGAUUCUGAAGAUGGUUUAGCCUUAGCAGUGAAUGAACAGGUACAUCAUCAGGAUGUGUGGUAUUUAGAUACUGCAGCUGAUUAUCAUAUGUGUCCAAGCAUGGAGUGUUUUUCAACUUAUGAACAGAUAGAUGGAGGACAUGUUUCUAUGGCCAAUGGUGCUAUCUGUAAGAUUGUUGGAAGAGGCUCCGUCAGGAUGAGGACACAUGAUGGUUCUGUUCGCACCUUGAACAAUGUUAGACAUAUUCCAGAAAUGACUAAGAAUCUGAUAUCUUUGAGUCUACUCGACAACAAGGGUUUCAGCUUCAAAGGUGAAGGUGGAGUGUUGUCUGUCUACAAGGGUUCUAAGGUGAUUUUGAAAGGUGUCAAGCGGGGUGCCUUGUAUAGUCUACAAGGUUCUGUUGGUGAUAAGUGCACCAAGUUGGUUCUGAAUGGCAAGUCUCAAUAUGGAUUGGACUUGCCGAAUGGUUUGAGUUGUUGACCGCCCUUAGGGGCAUUUGGAGGCAUGGGAGAUUCUGGUACAGCUAAUUUGGAGGAUUUGGGUACAUCUGGCAACUUUGGUUGCAUCUUGUACAUUUGGUAUUAGAGAGAGAAUUCAAGUCAAGGUGGAGAUUGUUAGAAUAUGACUUGAAUUUGAUUUGGGUUUGUUUUGUGUUUUGGGCCUAUUUUGUUUGGGUUUGUGUUUGGGCUUUGUUUGACCUUUUCCUUGUAUGUUUGGGAAAAGGUGUUUGGUUUUCUGUUUGGGAUUAGGAGAAGAGUUCUAUAAAUACUCUUCAUCACCCUAGUCUGUAGUAGGGGCCACUCAGGUUAGUUUGUUUGGUUUGUCCGUUUGGAAUUUGGUUUGUAACCUGUACUCUCCUCAAAAUCAGUGAAAUUUGUUCUCCCUUGCCCGUGGAUUAGCUAGCACACAUUGUGUUAGUGAACCACGUUAAAUUUGUGUUCGUUCGUGUUGGUUUGGAUUAUUGAUUGCACGCUUCUGUUCUGACACUUUUCUUAAUGAGAAAGACGAGCAUGUCAGUUUAUUUUUCCUUUAAUACUUUGGAUGAUACUUUGGGGUUUUUGUUGGAGUAUCUGUAUGCUUUUGUUAGGAAGUAUUAGUUUGGGUAAUUAGUGGAAAUUUAUCGGAUUAUAUACUCUAUAUAAUCAGUGAAAGUUUCUCAUUAAGCAAUUAUAGAACAAUGAAUUCUCUGAAAAUAAUCUCUAUCAAAAUUAAGGUGGCGACCUAGGCUAUGGCGUGGAUGACCAAACCGCAGGUGGUAGCAAAGACCAUCGUGCCGACGACCAGGCGUAGAGAGCAGAGCAUGUAGUAGCGACCGAGGAGACCGAGUAGCCAAAGGGUAGCAGCAACGUCAGAAGAGAAGUAUGAAUGUGAGUUGACCAACCCGCUUAGGCAUGAGCAGAGGUGCGGCUACCAUAGCCAUGGGCGUGUGGAUAAUAGGAUUGGCAGGUAUGUGACAUACGUUGAGCCUUGAAAUCCUUGACAGAUCGAACCAAACCACGCAAACAAAGAAGCGGUAGCAAAACAAUAAGCAAAAAGAUGGAAAAUAACUCGAGCACCUAACCGUUGCGGAGCUAGGGAUCAAGUAUACGAUGUGACCCACGGUAGGGAUGACGGACAUAUCGAUAACGUUGAUGUCUUUAGCUACUUGAUUCCAUGAAAUAACUAGAAAGACAAAAGAUUUGAGAUUCCACCCAAAAGUCAAAACCAAAGGAAUAUUAUCAAUCGAACUUGAUGUAUCAAAGAUUUGGGAAAAAAUCCCAUAAUACACUUAUUAUUAAAAAAAAUUCCCAAAAUACAAUACUUAUAAAAUCAUUUCCCAAAAUACAGCAGUUUGGUUAUCACCGCUGCAAACAAAAACAGUGAUGGAAAUCACCUUUUUUGACCAAAACGGUGAUAGCAUCACUGUUGUCAAUGACAGUGAUUAGGGGUGUACAUGGGUCGGGUGGUCCGGGUUUAGACAUUUUAAUCACCCGACCCAUGCACUACGGUUUGGGAAAUAUUAAACACAAACCCACCCAAAAAAAUCUAAACCCUACGGUUUGUUUCUAAUUGGGUUGGGUCGGGUUGGCGAUAUUUAUAAGUAAAAACCCAACCCAACACAAAAAUAUGUAAUUAUUCUACAUCAUAAAAAUAUUUUAUAACUAAUUAAAAAUUCAAACGAAUAAAUCAAGGUGAAAGGU